CUUAUGAAUGCAAGAGAGGAAUCAUUCCUUGCUGAAAUGAGUCGGACUGUUGAUCUCCCAGUCGAAAAAUUAGAAUGUAGCCAUGAGCAUCUGACAGAGCAUGUGCUGCAUGCAGGCCCAACGGAAGAAGCGAAAUCAUUUGUGGCUGGAGCAAUGGCAGAGGCUGAUACGAUACCAAAGGCAGAGGAGAGUUGCAAAUCGCCGAGCAAAGUAUCGGAAACCAUCAGCUCAUCGCCGGUGAAAGGACAAAAGAAAAAGCAAAAGGAUAAGUUCAAGAAGAUCCGAAAAAGCGAUGCCGCAAGCAUGGCCGCAUUCCUUGAGGAGGAAAGAAAGGUAUUUGAGGCGGAGGCAGUGACUGAAGCUAAACAAGUGCAAAUCGUUGAACCGAAUCCGAUUCGAACGCGCGAUCAAACAUCGCCAGGUUCGAGCAUAACGAAGGAACAGAUAGAAACCAUCAUCGUUGGCAUAAACUUCGAUCGACAGAACUCUGUUCCGACGUUGACCAACGAGUCGUCGGCCGUUGCGCAAUCUGAACUGCCGGAAGCCACAUUCGAAGUAAACCUUCCCGAGAGCCCGGUAAAGAGUGUGAAAGAGUUUAAAAGCAAUCUGGUGUUUGAGGAUUACGAUUUCAUUCCGGCUUCUCCGGUGAAACGCAUCAUAGAAAGCAAUUUAGAGGAUAAAAAUGGUCGACCGAGGGCAGGCAAGUUCAUGCCAAAGCUCGAAAGCAUUCCAUCGGAUGCUGAUCUGUUGGGCAAUGGUAAAGAUAAUGAUGGAAAGAUGACGGAAGGAACAACGACCGCGGUAUCGAAUGUAACAACAACAACAACAACGACACAACGAUCGGCUUCCACCAAUCAAGAUUCGUCGACGGAUACAGGCAAGGAAGAUAGCGAUCCGGUGCAGCGUAUACUGAUAAACUCUCGGUGGCGUGAUAAUCGACAGAAAAUAUCUAUGAUCACUCACGAGGAAGUCCUGCUGCAACCCAUUCAACACAUUCGGCUGUCUCUGCCCAAAGUGACGGCGGAAAUAAUAGAAAUCGCUCCUAAGGAUAUGACGAUAGACGUGGUACCGUUGGAACCGAUCGUGCUCGAAACGCCCAAAGAUGAGCAGAUUGUGCAGAUUGACGAUCUUCCGGGGCAAAUAGCUACGGAAGUGUCGAUGCUGGAUAUAGCUCCUUCCGUCGUGUACGAGACGCAGUCGGUGGAUGUGCUGGAGAAAGAGGCUUCGCUGCCCUCUGCGGACGAUGUUCAGUUGAGUAUGGUUGUGGCAACGGAAGCACAGCAUCCUUCAUCAACCGGUGGGGAGGUGACAGUGGAAGAAAGACAGGAAUCGUCGCAACAAGUCUUUACCACCACGACCACCUCGGUUAUGUAUCGUACGACCACGAUCACCUACAUUCAAUCGGAUGAACAGGAAGAAAUCAACGAAAUCUACACCAGCCCAACGGUAGUGGAGCAAACUAUCACAACACAUACCGAACAAACGGAUGAUAGCUCCACUAUCGAUCAAAGAAGUGAACAGUCGGAAACUACUGUUAUUAUGGUGAGCGAAGCUGAGAACCAAGCUGAUCGAUCAACUGUUUCGCAAGCAGAUCGUAGCAUGGAAGAGCAACAUGGUAGCAUGGUUGAACCAACUGCGAUGAUAGUGGUGGACGAGAGUGAACCAAAUAUUAGCAUCGCUACCAUCGAUGACGAUCAGCAGGCUGUGCUGGAUAGUUCAGUGUUUUCAGAGGCUGAUCGAAGCAUGCGAGAGGAAAUCGUUCAACAGGAAGUGAUUCCAUCGGUGCAGAAUGCUGAUGCUGAUGAGUCGAAGCACAAGGAAUUGGCUGCUGCGCAAAUGCCCAAAGAAACCGCUUCCAGAUCGCUUUCAGAGGAAGGCAAGGUGGAGGCAUCGGUAACGUUAUCGGGUCUUGAGUUGGACAAUGUGUCAUCUUACAACUACUGGCAGUAUCACGAUGCAGAACGACAUUACGCACAGCAUUUCGUGUUGCCGUCGGUUACGAGUGGUGCAGCAGAAACGCUGGCGGUGGAGGCGACGGCGGCGGCGGCGUCGACGUCGCUGGCGGCUUCGGUUGAUGUGGAUCAAAUUACUGAGCAAGCAAUUAUGCAAUCGAAACCCACGCCGGCGGCUUCGGUGGGGAACGUCUCAGACCAAGUGGAGCAAAAAAGAACGGAUGGUUUGGGCAUUGAAAGUGGCAAUGGCGAUGGUGAUGUUAUGGCAACGACUGGACAGCAAGAGAAACAGUUGGAAGAGAUUUAUCGCACAUUGCAGCAAUCGUACCUUAGCGUAUGGCAAUUGCGUGAAGCUGAAAAUGCGUACCAACAGUUGCAAGGACAUCAAGCGACGGUUUGUGAACCGGAACAAUCCUCGGAGGAAUUACUCGGUGGUGACGAACCUCCUCCAGUGGUGGAGGCAGUGAACAAGGAGGAACCGGAAUUGACGUGUCCUUUAGAGGAUGUUGUUGACUCGGAGGAAUCGCAAUUGAUAGCAAUGAGGGACCAAUCUCGUCAGGUUGACAGUGAUCUAGAGGUGAUGAAGGGGUUGGCAAGUUCUGUUACUAAUUGUUGGCAACUGAAGGACGCUGAACAGAGCUACGAACGGGAUCGUGCGCUGCAUCGUGCAGAAGAGCUUGUGACAACACAGCAAAUGGAUCAGGGGGAGGUUGUUAUCGAUCAGGAUAAAGCAACAGCAUUAAGCUUAGUUUUUUCAGAUCAAGCUGUGUCUGAGAAUGGGGCACAACAGCAGAUUGAGGUUGCGAAGCCGGAGAUCGAUCAUGAUAAAUUUACUGCCGAUAGGGAGUCGGUUCUAACUGGUCGGUCAGUUGCUUUUGGCGAUGAUCCACAGAAUAUUCCAAUGAAAGAUUCUAUUCAUCCCGUAGAAUCUUCGUUGGUUUAUGAGAUAGCUCCAAGCUAUGAUGUUUAUCAACUUCGCAACAGCGAAAUGAAAUAUGCUCUGUUGCAGGGACAACGCGUUCCGCUAGAAGCUGAAACACUCCAGGUACAGGAUUCAGAAGUCGAGGAACAAAAGAAAUCAAUAACCGAUUUGAAACCGGAAAUGACAUUAAGUGAAUCAUCAGUUCCAAUUGAUUUGCCUGUGGCAACGCCAGGAAAUGUCGUGAGUGCUCUUGAGGAAAAAUCUGUGAAACAUAAUCCUUGGGAUUAUGAGACGGUUCCGUGCUACAAUGUGCAACAGCUUUGUGAGGGUGAAAUGAAAUAUGCUCUCCUAAAGAGAGUCACUGUGCCUUUAGAGCCAUCUGACCUUCAGGAUGUUGCCCUUGAAGUUGUGGUUCCAAAAGAAGAUAAUGUUGAAGAAGAACGGUUUGUACAGGAAUUUUCCGAACCCGUUUCUUCGCUAGAAGUUAGUGAUAACCUUGAGGUGGCACUAGAAGCUGAACCAGCUUCGCUUGUUUCCCAAUCCGAUAUGAGACUUAAUGCGUUAUUUUUGGAAGCUACGCCAUAUUACAACUUGCGUUCGCUUCGUAACAGCGAAGAUCAAUAUUAUGUAAACCGACAUAGCGAUAGGGAUAGGGUAGUGCUGUUGGAAGAAUCUCAAGAGGUUUCCGAUGUAUUGAGCAACCGUUCGAAGGACGAAAUCUCUCCAAUCGAAAGUGAAUGCAAUGAUGGAAUGGUUGGGGAGAACCGAGCAGUUCAGGGAAUGAUUCAAACAGAUGAUGAAACUGCAAAAGAUUUGCCCGAUGUUGCACAUGAAUCUGGUAUUGCUGAUAGGGAAGAUUCAGAACAACCGUUGGCGUGUGCUGGAGGGGUUUUAUCAACAGAACAAUCAGGUAUCCUUGAAAAAGCUCAACACGACGAAGAGCAAGAGCUUCGUCGUUUAUCAGAAGCCUCGAAAUUGGAAUGUCCUGAGAGUACAACUGAUGAUGAACCAUCUGGCUCGAUUUUAACUGAAAAAACAGUGCAAAUUUCACAAGAGAUCAAUCAAUCCGUGAUCAUUGUUGAAGAGAAGCUUGAAGUGAAGAAGGAAAUAGCAGUGUUGCCAGAGGAGCAAUCUCAUAACGUGGAUCACGAUGAUGAAGAACAAGAGCUUCUUCGUUUAUCUGAAGCAUCGAAGAAGGACGAUUCGGUUGAUCAGAGUGACCCAUUGGUUAAAAUUCCCACGGAAGAGCCAGCAGAUCCAAUUAAUGAGCAAGUUGAUUUAGUGCAGGAUUCACAAGAGAAAAAGGAACCAGAAAAGGAUGUGAAUCUUUUACCGGUGCAUCAGUCCGAUUUGCUUGUGUUAGCUCAAGAUAAUGAAGAGCUAGAGCUUCGUCGUUCGUUUGAGGUUUCUCAGAUGGAGUCGACUGAAGAUAAAAUUGAUGGAGGCGCAUCUGGUAUCACUGUUACUAAUGAAGAAUCAUUGGAGGUGAAAGUGGAAAAUUUACCACCAAUCAGCAAUGAAACAGUGGAAAUUGUUCAGGAGACAUUAGUCUUUUCAGAGAGCGAUGAAGGACUAUUGCCAGCGGAACAAUCAGAUGCGGUGGUUCAAGACGAUGAAGAACUAGAACUCUGUCGUUUGUCAGAAGCAUCGGAGAAGGAAAAUUUUGAAGAAAUACCGAAAGGAUUGGCAGAGCUUGCACAAGACAUUCAUGAGCAAGCUACCGGCGUUCCCGAAGAGAUUAAGGAUACAAAUCAAACUGUCCGCCAAGAGCAGCUUUCUGAAAAAUACUUGCCCGCCGGACUAGAACCACUAUCCACUGAUGUAGCUACCUCCAUCGUUGAAUGCACUGUAGAAGAACAAACCGAGGUACUAUAUGAAGUGGUGGGAAGAACUGUCAUUGAGUGCACUAUCGUUGGUGAAGAAGUGCAAAGUGAUCAUCUUCCAGAGCCUAUGCUCGCUAUCGAUUCGAAACCGCUGCCAGUGAGUUCAAAUGCAUCCGAGCAGCUAGAUUCAGUUUCGGCUGAUUUGGCGGCUCAUGCAGAACACGUACAUGAUUCUGAGGAGUUGUUUUUGCAAAAGAAUCGUCAAGUGUCGUUCGAGAGUGAGGAGGAACCAACGGUUAUACAUAAUGUUGUUGCACCACUGGUAUCCGAUUUGCAACAGUCCGUUUACCAAUCGAAUGUUUCAAUCGUGAACAUUCCUUUGGAAUGUGGCAUUGAGAGCGGAGGAGUUGAAGUGAAAAUCUCGAGCAUAGAAUCCAGUGAAGUUAUGGUUGAGUCUUCGAGCUCUUCUGUGGAACAGUUGGAUGAGGGAGAAAUGAUCGUAGAAGGAAAGCUGCUCGUUGAAGUGAAUGUCCCACGAAGGGAAACCGUUAAGCAACCAGAAGGUACGAGCGAUCCUUUCGAACGGAAGGAAAAACGUAGAAAAGAGAAGAAGGAAUCUAAAAAGACCAAAAUCACUGCAAAGGAUGCCGCUCAAGCGCCAUUGCCAAGUGCUGUUGGUGCCAUUCCGAGUGAACCAUCGGUUGUGAAUGUUUGGGAUCAGUUGAAGGGGAAGAAAACUUAUGCAGAGGUGGUCGCGGGGCGCGAAGCGGAGCGCAAGAGAUUGGCUGAGGAAAAGCGUCAGGGACCGAUGGUUAGUCUAGUUUCUGAAGUGAACAGGGCAUCUGCUAAGAAAGUGGACAACGAUCAACGCAUAGUUGAAGAUCCUUCCAGCGAUCCCUCGCUAUCGCGCAAGGAAAGCGUCGUUGAAGUCGAAUUGAUUGACGAGCAAGAUCUACAGGACUUCAUUGACUACAACAAUACAACGAAGAAACGUAUUGAAAUAAGCAGUUCAUGGGCUGAUGAUGAAUAUGAAGAAGAAAGCUCGUCAAGCACUUUACAUACGUUGGCGCAAGCAACUGUCCUAACAGCAAGCCAGCUACCGUCGGAUGAUCCAAUUACGGAUGUUGUGUCAGUGGCGAAUGACCCCUCAGAGCCUGUGGUAGAAAGUGCUACGCUACCAGAAGGUAACGCAAAGCAACCAACGAAAGAGAAGAAACAGAAGAAAAAACAAAAGAAGGAAUUGCCAAAGACCGUUGCUGCGCAAAUAAAGGAGGAAGUAGUGGGCAUAAUGGAGACGCCUGAUACAGGACACUCAGUGCAAACGACUGAGCAGAGCAGCAUUUGGCAAACGGGGCCACUGUAUGCUGAGGUUGUUGCACAGAAUUUGUACCAAGAGCACAGACAGUCUAGUGAGGAUGAUCACGGUCCAGUCGUUAUGUCUGAACCAACGAUCGAUUCCUCCAUUUCAGCUGCUCAGGUGGAGUGUGUUUCUGUUGAAAAGGAAAUUGAACCGAAAGAAGCACAUUUAACUAAGAAAAAGAAACAAAAAUUGGCUAAAAAAUCUGAAAGGCCAUCGUCCUUGGAUGAAGUGGUUUCGCCAGCAACAGAAACCGCGAGAGAGUUUGUAGCUCUGCAAAGCAGUACCAUUUCUCCAAGUGAAGAUGAUUUUUCUGCUUCAAAGGAGCAGAUCACAUCCACCGUUCCUCUGAAAAUGGAAGAAUCGCUUGAUUCGCAAAGCAUAAUUAAGCCAGACGAACCAGAAAAGGACAUAUUACAAGAACCAUCCUUAGAAGAGGUAAAGAAUGAGCCACAAGAACGCGAUCCUAUGCCGAGCAAGCCUAAGAAACAGAGGAACAGGAGUAAGAAAAAGUCUCGCAAUGCUUUGGAGGAACAGGAAUCGACGGAGAGUGAACCAAGCAAUUCGUCACAACCGAAUUUAGUUCCUCUGUCGGAAUCGCCAAAGGAAAUAGCUCAUUUGCAGGAGCAUUCCAAGGUAGAAGAAAAACCAUUAGAGGAACCACCAGCUCUUACGACAGAUCAUGAGAAACACGUGCAAUUUUCUAAAGAGUUUGAGAUCCUAAAAGAGGUACCUUUAUCGGAAUCUCCAAAAGAAAUAGACCAUCUUCGGCAGCAUGCUCAUAGUCACGAGAUCCCGUUGACGAUCUACAUCGAAGCACCCAUUGUUCCGCUCGCCGAUGAUGCUCACAAGCAUGUGCAUUUUGUGGAAGAGGUGCAAGUUCUGCCAGUGGUUCCCAUGUCGGAAUCGGCUAAAGAAGUGGAACGAUUGUCACUGAAAGAGUUUGUAAUUGUUGAGGAGCCAGAGAAGGAAGCCCAUCCUUUGCCAACUUCUAUUUUAGAGGAAGAUGAUUCUUCGUCUCCAAAGCAUAUGGAUGAAAGUCAAAAGCGGGUACAUUUCGAGAAAGAAGUGCUAGUGGUUCCAGUUGUACCACUGUCGGAAUCUUCGAAAGAAGUGGAGCGAUUGAGCCGCAGUUCGUCAGUCGAAGAAAGCAGCUCGGUUAGGAUGGAUCCAGAUGAAGAGCCAAUCGCUUCCGAAGAGACAGAUACACUGAAUAAGCGUGUACAGUUUGUUGAGGAGGUGCUGAUUGUACCCGCUGUUCCGUUGUCCGAGUCAGCAAAGGAAAUCGAAUGUUUGAAACAACAAGAGCAGGCUCCGGCCGUUAAUGUGUAUCCAAUCCAUGCGUGCAUGGAAGAGGACAUUCAAGAGGUUCCAAUCAGAGAGGAGGAAAGGGAUGAUAAACGGGUACAGUUUGUGCCGGAGGUAGAAGUGUUGCAAGCUGUACCAUUUUCGGAAUCCGUCAAGGAAACCGAUCGUCUAGAAGGGGAGCCAAAGGACGCAUUAGGUUUAGAGCAUGCGCAAUCUCCUUCACCCGAUUCUGUUGAGGAAGACAGCUCCAAACAGCGGAGGGUUUCAUUUUCCAAAACGAUCGUGAGCAUUGAAUUGGAUGAUGUACCGCACAGUGAUGACGAGAGUGAAUUUGAGAUAAUCGAUAUGGCCGAUGUAGCAGAGCAUUGUGCCAUUGUUUCGGAACCAUCAGUAGCAGUCGAAGAUGUAGAACAAGCUAAAGAUGAAACAAGAGAUAACCUGAUACCAGAGGAGGUUGAAGCAGCACCAACUGAAGAGAGGGCAGCGGAAGAAGCCUCUGGCCAAGUGCAGCCCACAGAGAAAAAGAAAACACAUAAGAAACAGAAAAAGUCCAAAAAGGGAGCUGUGUCUCCACCCUUGGAACCAGUGGUUGUGGUAGCAGAGCCUGAGACCUCAAUGGCCGGUGCUCCUGCGACAAAUGCCCCGUCUGGGUUGCUGUACUCUGAAGUUGUAGCUCAUAAACCAUCAAACGAUUCGAACGAACUGGCUCGACUACGAGCGCAUGUCUCUGAUUAUGAUACUGAGACGGUAGUAACGGAGAAUUAUGUUGUCAUUCAAGAAAUCACAGUCGGUGGUAGCGAAGCACCACCAUCACUCCCUGACGUAGAUCAAUCUGUUCAAGCGGAAAUGUUGCCAACAAUUAGCACAGAGCAGCCUCGAUUCGAUUUACAGAUAGUUGAUGUACGUACUGAAGAGAUAGUGCUUGUACCAACCACCGAAUCCGUCGAACAGGUGGCAUUGCAGGGUGAUAAUGUUGAUCAAUCGACUCAGGGUUUUGCGAAGGUAUUAGAAGGAAAGUUGUCAGGGUUAGAGAAAGAUUUCGUGAAGGAAGAGGGUUUGCGCGACAUUGGGCAGCAUGAAACAUUAUCAGAGCAAUCGUUUUAUGGCGAUGCGGAAGAGCAAUACUUAAUCGCGAUGAACCGCCAAUCAUCUCACGAUGAUUGGUCAGCUGAAUCGCAUGUAACCAGUGAAGACAUUGAUCGUUCAUCAGAGGUUGUACGUUCAUCAGAGGUCGAUGAGGGUGAGGCUUAUGCUCCACCCGUCAUUUCGCAAGUUUCUACCGAACUCAACGCAUUGCAACCAUCUCCACCAUCAGCAACAGCAACAGCAGCCGCAGUAGCAACAACCCUAGCGCCAGCAGCAACAACUAAUCCCCUACUAACACUCAACCCCGAUGUUUCCCCUGGCGAGCUACCCUUGCUAAAUCCUGACGCACAUCCCAGUGUUAUCCAACAUUCCGAUUCCACUCCACAAGCUCCCAUUCCCCUUGCCCAUCCCAUCGAUCCCCCAUUAGGUUCAACGGACAGCGUAGACAUAAGUAAACAGAAUGUGGCUGAAUGCACACUCAGUAAACAGGCACUGGCGCAAAGUGUUGAAAGUAUUCUGGACUCGCUGAUCAGUGCGGAACUAGAGAUGAACAAUCUACCAUACGACAACGUGAACGAUCUCAUCAAGGGACUACAGAUCCUGAUAACGAACUUGGCCGAGUACAAGCAACAAAACUAUGCGAUAGCGAGAUCUUUGCCUGCAAAUGCGGACCAGCAUGUGCGAGCAUCCAUCGAGCAGAUUGACGAACGAAUCGACACGUUACGGCAGCGAGCGGAGAAUGGCCUUGAGAAGAUACAGCAAACGCUGAAACAACGCGAACAAAGGAAGGCGGAAAUAAGGGACUAUCUGGAACUGCUGGAAGAAAUCGAACGAUGGGUUGCCGGUGCAAGUAUCCACUUGACAGAGGUAAAAGAGUGUAGCACACCGGAGGAAGCUCAACGACGACUGCAAGAUGAUAGUGCUGUGUUGAGUGAUCUGCGUAGCAAGGAAGCAUAUCUACAGGAAGUGUUAAAUAAGACGGAACCCUAUCUGGUCUACAAUGAUGUGUCCGCGAGUACUGUGACCUUGCGGGAGAAUCUCAUUCUGCUGAUUCGAGUGCUACGUGAAAAGGCGCUGAUACUGGAAAAUAACAUCCAACGGCUAAACGCUCAUCUUAAUCCUGCGCCAAUCGAAGCGGUACCAGAGUCGAACGCAACACAAGUCGCACGCGUAGACAUUGAGAGCCAAACUAGUCCAUUAACAUCACUGCAGCCGAUUGCGGUUGCAUCGCCGGAACAACGGGAACUCGAUAUUACAUCUACCUUGCGAGUAGCCACACAUGAGUCUUCAGUGCAGACACAGGCUGAUGAGCACGUGACCGACAACAUACUGAUCAUACAGUCCGUAGCGAAUGGUCGCGAGACAGUGCAAAUAUCAAACGUCCCUCGAUUGUACGGAUCCAUCGAGGAAAGAAGCGAAGAUGCGGUGGUGGUAGAGGCCAAGUACACGCAACCGACGGAAGGAAGGGACUCGGAUCGUUCAUCCGAGUUGCUGGUUCGAAACAUUCCCAGCCAGUUUGAGACAACGUUUACGGAACCGGAUGAGACGACGACUGAGAUCAUUGUGAACCGAGAUGGGUCGAAGAAAAUUACGCUGCGUAAGGUUGUGCAGGCAGCUCAGUCCAUCGAACCAGCGACUGCGGCGUGUAAGGCGUCGAUAGUUACCUCGAUUGAUGCGGUAGCCCACGAAACGGAGCCAAUGGCUCUGGAAGCCCAAGUGGAAGGAAUUGAUGUUGAGCUAGUGAAGGAAGAGCCCACAGAGAAGGCUGCUGAUGUGCAAUUGGUGAAGGAGGUGGCGGAAACGGUUGUUACCGAGAUACUGGAUGAGCUACAGAGGCACGUGAUCGACGAUGAACAGGUGGCUGUUGAGCAGCAACAGCAGCCGGAGCAGAAGGAGGAAGAGACGCUGCUGCCGCAGGUAUUCGAAUCACAUGCUCAAACCGCACCAGUAGUAGAGUUGCUUGCUUCUCACGUUGAAUCACCAACUAGCACUAGUAAAGUAUUAGUCGAUGCGACUGAAGCCGCUGUUAUUCCGAUUCCCGCUGCUGACAUCAAUACCUUAAGCCUUAAUCAACCACUUACAGCCAGCGAGGAACUGAGUGCCGACGGAUCGAGGCCGGUAGAAUCGCUGGAAGAGAUAUGGCCACCGGCCGAGUAUGUCGUUGGUAUUGUGAGUGCGAACGAGAGGCCGAUAGCAUCUUCGAGCCCACCCAAAUUACCUGAAGCUACCGUAUGCCCCGAAGCACAGAUUCAUGAUGACGCUGGUGCAGAUGAAAUAUGGCCAACGAGUCCGAUUCGCGGUUCGAAUUAUAUAGAAAUUGAACCGAAUUUGCUUAGUUCAGCAGUUGCUGGUGAGCAGCAAACAAUUGUUACCACUGUACAAGAAGAUGCCGAACCAGUGAAGGUUGAUCCAACGCAAGAAAUCAUUGUACCAAUUGCAAUUGACGAGGCAGUACCGGUCGAAACCGUUGUCGCACCGUUCCCUAUCGAAGUGGUAUUCGAUGAACCAGCUAUCGAUCGUAAUACCCCUGAAGAAAUACCUGUGCACAUUGAAUUACCGAGUGAUCUUGAGCGUUCAUAUGCUGUUAGCGAACCAGCGGAAGUGGUAGCGGUAGAGCUCGUUGAACACGAUCAGUCCCUGGUGCAACAGCACUCUCCACCAACGGUUGAAACCGUAAUUACAAGAACGGUUGAUACGAUAGAAAGCCCUGACAGCAGCACCACCAUCCUGGAGACAGUUGUAGUGACGAAAACGAUCACAACGGAAGAAAUGAUCGAGGUCACGGAAGAAGAGUUGGCAGAAAUGGGAAUGCAGCCUGUGGAGGGAGAAGAGCAAGUGAUUUUGGAAAAGGUCACGCAUGUAACGACUGUCGUGCAGGAGGUUGAACAACAAGAAGAACCUGAACAGAAGGACAAUGCGGCUUCUGAGGAAACCUAUGCCAUCCGUGAAAUACCACACAGCGAUGUUGUUGCCCCUGUCGCAGAUGAUGAAACAAAUCUCGAGGUGCAAGUGGCCACCAUAAGUUGUGAAGCACAGAGCUCGUUGAGGGUCUCGAUGAAUGUGGAUCCUUCUGAGGCGAAGAAGGUUAGCGUUAGUCUGAUCGAGAUUAAACCAUCAACUGAGCCACCAACUGAGGCAGCUGAAACGACUGUAGCACAAUUGACCGCGCAUCCAGAGGCUUACGAGCAUGUUCCUGGGUUGAGUGCGGUGGAAAUCGAUCAGGGAUACGAGGCAGAUAAGACCACGGCUGAAGGUGAGGCGGAAGGCGAGACCGACGAUAAGGGUAAAAAGAAGCGUCGAAAGCGCAAGAAGGGUAAGCAUGACAACGAAAAAGCAUGUAAUACGGAACCGCAGACGCCACGCGAUGUUAAACCGGUGGAGGAUGAGCAACCGAAGGAACACGUGGAAUUGUUAUCCGCGGCCCAGGAAACAGAGCAGGGCUUCGAGUCAUACCAAAGCUUUACCGAAGACGAUCAGCAACAGGUCAGCACGGUCAACGUGAUGGAGGAAGCGGUGGGACCGGAAAUGAUCGAAGUGCCAACAAGCAUACAGGAGAAGAUUGUAGUUCCAACGGAGGUGAUCGAAGCGGUGUAUAUCGAAGAUACGCAACAGCAAACAUCGCCAGUGGAAUUCGAGCCACGCCCAGAGUUUAAGGAUGCGGAUGACGCCGAGAUACAGAAUAUUACCUCCGAGCGCUUGAUGGUACCGAUCGACUGGGAGCAACGGUCUAUGCAAACAUCUCCGGAACCAGAAAUUCACCGAACCUCUCAACAAACCUCUCCGAUGACGAUCGAGCAACAGGAGGUGCCGGAGCAGGAAACGAAAGAAAUUCAAACCACGAUGGUGGAAGCUAUGGAGAUAGAAACGCAAACAUCACAACCACCGCCCAUGGUACAACAAGAGGCACAAACCGAAGUACCCGAUGAAGUGGCGACCAGUGAAAUUCCGACGAAGCAGAUUGAUACUGUCGAUACUGCCAAUCAGACGAUUCAAAUCGAAACAAGCGAACGACAGCAGCAAGCUACCGAUACUGAAGAGAUUGUCGGACCCAUUUUGGGACAAAUCGUGCGCGAUGUGGUGGAUCCAUCGAUGAUCUACAAGGUACAUUCGAUGCAAACCAGUCCGGUAGAGUUCCGUGAAGAUGCACCGGAAGAGGCAGAGGUACGAACGAAAUCGGAUGAAAGUGCUCAGACCACCGAGCUAGAAGUACGAGAUGCCAAUGUCGAAACAGAGGUGAUAGCUGUUGAAGAUCGUGGCAAUUCUCCCACUCCUGAAACGAUGCCAAAGGUAGAGAUCGUGGAAUCCGAAAUCACUGCUCCAACGGCCCAAAUUGUGACGACAGAUACAGCCAUGCAAACGAGUCCAAUGCAUGCCGUAGAGGUUCCGGUUACACCCAAGUAUGAGAUAGAGGAUGAGAUUCUCAUACAAACGGCAGCACCCGUAGUGGCUUCUGAGAGCAAGGAUAUGCAAACGGAACCAGUGAUUACUGCGGACACGGAUGCACAAACUGGAAUAACGGAAAUUACGGAAACCCUCACGAUAAGCACGCAGACGAAGCCAGAAACACUGGAGCAAGCGGAGGAUGAUGGUGAUAAGGAUACAAAGCGAUCAAAGAAGAAAAAGUCAAAGAAAUCGAAAUCCAUACCGAUUGAGGUGGAAGUUAGCACGCAGAUGAUAGUACCUAGUACUAGUGAUCAUGCAUUACCUGUUGGUACUGCCAGUGGCAAUGAAAUGGUUACGGUAACUAAAACGAUAGUUACGGAUGCUGGAGCACAGGGCACUGGUCAUCUAGCGGCUGCAGAUGUGGGUUUGAGCAUUCAAGUUGAGAUCGAUCCGUCGUUUGGAGCGAUCGAACGCAGUUCUGCCGUGCGACCGCGAGAGACUUGUACGAUCAACGAGUCCCUAGAUCCGGCGCAAACUCAGAGCAUGCGGCUAAGUUUAGCGGACUAUUUCUCGAUCAUCAAAUCGCAACAAGGAUAUGCGGAGAAACAGCUCAUACCGUGGCGGGAUAUCAAUGAAAUGUUUGCCAAACUGACGCUCGCAGGAAGUUCCUCCAGCGAUCCAAGAAAGGAUCGAUACCGUGUUGCAUUACGAUCGAUCAGUUUGAGUGGAGAGGAAAAUGAUGCCGCAGCAGAAAGCAAAGACCUAGAGAAUGUGCUCGGUCUGCUACAGGCGCAUCAGGACGAACCGCUCGUACAGCAACAGCUGCUGUUCAAUGUGGUCGAGAAUGUGACGCGAGUGCUGGAAGACCUUGAUGGUGGCCUCUGCCAGGCUCGUCAGAGUGUAGAGGAUGGUGUGGCACCACCGGUGGAUCAAGCGCGGUUGCACAGAACAUACAAGAUACGGUUGGUGCGCAUUGAAGAACACAUACUACGCAUCAUAACGUAUGUGCAGCGCUCAAAGACUGGACCCAAUAAGGAGGUGGAUGAGUGUCUGAAUCAUUUGUUGCGGCAGGUGAAAAUGCUGCAGCAAAACGUGACCCACGAAGAGAAGCGUGUCGAUGGUAAUGCUACCGACAUGCGUCGGAUAACGGAUGCGAUGCGUGAUAUGAACCAUCGGUUGGAAAGCAUCGACGGAGCGUUGCAAACACUUGCGACGAAUGAAUCGAUUCCGAUUGGCCGGAAGCUAGUGGAGCUGGAGGAGAUAGAAGCCAGCUGUCGAUCGAUGCAGAACACGCUGAUGACCAUCACGAAUGAGUACAACGGCAUUGACCUUAGCGCAAGGACAGUCGAAGGUAAUAACGUCGCUUCCGAGCUGGACCAGAAUGCUCAGCAAUUGCGCCGACUGGAGAAUGGUAUCGUGCUCGAACGUAAUAAGCUGCUCCAGUUGAAUGGGCUGGCGGAUGAGUACGAGCAGACGUUGCUUGAGUUCCAGGAGAUAACGGACGCAGCGGAGCAGUUUAUCGAGAACGAAAUCGUGACUAACACGCUGGAGGAGUUGCAGGAGGAAAUGCAGCGAUACCGAAAAUUCUUCGUGAAUCUCAACCAUUGUAAGGCCAUUCUGGAAUCGCUGGAGACGAACUUGGACCCAUUGACACGGCAAAAGCAUGCCGAGCUACACUCUGCCUUGUACAACCGUACGAAGCUGAUCCUUGAAAGGGCCGUCGAUAGAGCGGGAAAGCUAGCACUGGCCGCAUCGCGAUGGACAGUGUUGGAGAGGGAGAUGCUGGCUGAGAAACAGUGGUUACAGGUGGCCCAGCAACGCGUACCCGAUCUGAGUAACGUUUCCUCGCAGGAUUAUGAACGGUACAUAACGAUGUACGAGUCGCUAGAGCAGGAUAUCGCUCAUCAUCUGGCGAAAAUGCAAUCACACAAUGUGACGGCUCGCCAUAUGCAGGAACUGAUAACUGCUCCGAUCCUCGAGAAGGACAGUAGCGAAGCUCUGGUAGUGGUGAUUCAGCUACGCGAGGAAGUGCUGCUGUACCUGCGAAUGCUGACAAAGUUCCGAAACCACUGGCAUCGGUAUAAUGUACAGGCGGACAAGCUGGGUGACUGGUUGCACGUGAGCCAGGGCAAGCUGGCGAGCAUUAGCAUUGGUGAGAAUCUUUCUAGCACCCCGGUCGAUGAUAUGCGUACCUUCUGGGAGAUCAAGGCUCAGUAUGAGGUGCUCAACAACAAGGUGUACAAUGGGGCGUGUGAUGCGUUCGAUCUCGCGCUCACCACCAUUCCAGUGACGGAUGAGCAAGUGCAGCGACAGCUACAUGGACAGUUGCUCGAAAGCUGGUAUGUGGUGUCGGAUCGUAUCGGCAAUUUGCAGCGAGGCAUCGCUGAUUCGAUCAAAACCAGCUCGACUCCACCCAGCGAGAAGAUGGCAUUCAUUGAGCAGGAGCUGCAAGAGAUUGGUCGUGAAUUCGAUGGUAGCAAAGCGGUCCUCAAGAGCCAAGAGGAUCUGUACGGUUACAUAGAGAAAAUGCAGAUGCUGAAAACACGCAUCCAACUGAUCGACACCGAGCUUGGUCAGUUUGCGCUGGCGUUGGAUUAUGACACCGAAAAGGUGGGCGCCAUUUUCCAGCUAUCGCGCAACCUUUCAGUCCAGAUUGCCGAAGAGUUGGAAGCUGCCGAAACGUUCUACAAACGCCUCGAGGAUAUCGAAACGGGUAUCAAGCAACAAGAGCAGCGGCUUUCUGCGAUUUCGAAGACACUUGAUGAUUGCAGUGGCAGCGUGAAUGGCAAACGGUCGGCUAUCGAGAAGGCACUGAUUGAUUGCAAAGAAUGCCAGGAAGCGUUGAGUCCAUGCUGGAACGAACUGAUGCGACUGAGACAGAUGCUUCACACGCUGCCGAUGAACCUGAAGGUAUCGGUGUCGCCGCUACAAACCGAGCGGGAUUUGUCCACAUUGCAGAACAUUCACAGCGAUCUGGAGCGCCGCUGUGAGCAGGUGAUGGCAACACUGAGAACGCGAGAGUCACUGUGGAACAAGUUCCAUCGGCAGCUUGAUAUGAUCCAGGAGCAUGUGCAGGAGACCGAGUUUAUGAUGGAACUGCUGCAACUGCAGGAAAGUGCCGACUAUAACAGGCUCCUUAAGGCAACGGAGCGAUUGGACACCUUGCUAUCAGACAUUGAAAAUCGAAAUGGUAUGAUUGAGGAUCUGCAGAAGAUCGCACAACCGUUGGUGGAGUCUUCCGACGAGAGUGUUUCGGCCGAGAUACAGGAAACGGUUCAACAGAUCAGUGUGGUGUGGGAGAGUACGAGAGAGAAUCUGCGCGAUCUGUGUGAUCGGUACGAAAAGGCGGUUAAAUUGUGGCAACACUAUCAUGAUGUCUGUGAGACAGUGAAGGAGUGGGUGAACCACGAGUUUACUGAUUAUAACGACUUGUGCCAGUUGGAAGAUUUGCCACAGGUGGAGGUGUACCAGCAGGCAUUGAUCGAUCAGCGCCAGGAGGUGGACAAAUUGCGUCAGCUGAUCGGACAGAUUAACGAGCAAGUUGGGUUCAGCAUAGGUGACACUCUGCUAGCUGAGAUCGAUGAAUAUUCCAAGAAGCUGGAGGACAUCGAGCAGGGAGUGACUGAACGGCGCGCCAAGGUACACGACCGAAAUGCGCUUCGUGUCGAGACGGUUAGCACUGCUCAGGCUUCACGCGGUGUACUGGAUCACGUGCAAGAGAGUUUGAAACGUAAGCCAUUGAAACAGAGUGCGGAUGUAGAGAAUCUGUGCAAUAAGGUCGUCGAUUUGCGUUCAUAUUUGCUGAGCUUGUGCAGUACAAUGGCACGCUUGCGAGAGAUCCAUGCCACGAGCAACCAGCAAGGGGAACAAGACGAUAAUGGAAACUUGCAAAAUCUUCAUUCUGCCUCGCAGAACUUGCUGCAAACGACAUACCAACAGUACCAGGAGUUGUUGCAGCAGCUCGUGUGCACUGCAGAAGAUGAUGGCCGCCUGCUCGACUUUUGGCAGGAGUAUCUACAGUUCGUUCAGACGUUCCUUUCGGAGGACAUCCCCAGUGAUUACGGACAGCUGCGAGCUCAUCGGGAGCAGUGCUUGCUUAUUCAAACGUUGCUCAUCGGUUUGCGGAAAGAGAUGCUGCAGAAGGGCAAGAUCGAUGUCAAGCUUGUGGAUCGCUACAAUGAGCUGAACCAACUGUACAUGGAACGGAUCGAACGGUACGAUGAACGGCUCACAGAGAUUGAUAACCGUCUGUGGCACUGGGAGCGAUUCCGUACGCUCGGCACGAAGCUAUACGAGACGUUGGCAAAUAUUGAGCGGGAAAAGUUUACGCUUCAGCUCGAGUACAUUAAUCUGCAAGAGUUACCGAAGUUGAUUGGUAAGGUGAAUAGGUUGCUGGAGCAAUUCCCUCGUAUGGAUGAGGAUGUGAGGGCUAUGGCACAAGAAAUGGGCCAGCUGGCACUAUAUACGAAGGACGAAAGCACUCUCACCGGAGCACGCAGUGAACAGGGCAAGAUUGCGGGUAAGAUCGGUAAACUGCAAGACAAUGUAGAGACGUGGAAAAACUUCCUGUUUGGCAUCGAUCAGUUGUAUGGUCGAUUUUCCAAACGAGCCUACGAUACGCAGAACAGUUUGCACGAACUAGAGGAAUCGAUCAAUGAGCUGGAAGCUG